AUGAGUGAUGAUCAAAAGAUGGAUCUAUCACUGCAGCUGUAUGCCUCUGAACACAGUGACAAGCCUUUCACAAUGGUCCAUGUCUGGAGGAUAUUACGACAUGAGAAGAAGUGGUCUGCAUAUGUGAAGAAACUAAGCAAUGAAAAGGAUAAGAGUGCAACUCCAAACCCAGCUCAGGUUGUGAAUGUUGAAGUUGAUCCAAAACAGCAUCCUGUUGGGCAUAAGAAGGCCAAACAAGAACGCAAUGGAAAACGUCCUGCACCUGAAGCUAUUUCUGCUAUUGAUCAGAAACUUGACAAGUUCAUUGAAGUAUGCAAUAAGGCUGAGAAGAUGGCCGAGGUGCAAGAAGGUUUGGCAAACAAGAAGCUAGAAGCAGCCCAGCUCAAUCACAAAACAGCCCAGGAACAAACAAAGUGUAAAAUGCUAGACCUUUACAAAGAAUUACUCAGUGCUCCCACAAAUGAUCUUAGUGAAGAAGCUUUAGCUGAAAGAUCCAAAGCAAUAGAGUCUAUGAGAUUGGCUCUGUUUUCUAAAGACAACUGA